AUGGUUAAGAAAUCUGCCGUGUUCACUUCCAAACCCACCGUGUUCACUAACAAACCCACCGUGUUCACUAACAAACCCACCGUGUUCACUAACAAACCCACCGUGUUCACUAACAAACCCACCGUGUUCACUAACAAACCCACCGUGUUCACUUCCAAACCCACCGUGUUCACUUCCAAACCCACCGUGUUCACUUCCAAACCCAGCGUGUUCACUAACAAACCCACCGUGUUCACUAACAAACCCACCGUGUUCACUAACAAACCCACCGUGUUCACUAACAAACCCACCGUGUUCACUAACAAACCCACCGUGUUCACUAACAAACCCACCGUGUUCACUAACAAACCCACCGUGUUCACUAACAAACCCACCGUGUUCAUUAACAAACCCACCGUGUUCACUUCCAAACCCACCGUGUUCACUUCCAAACCCACCGUGUUCACUAACAAACCCACCGUGUUCACUAACAAACCCACCGUGUUCAUUAACAAACCCACCGUGUUCACUUCCAAACCCACCGUGUUCAUUAACAAACCCACCGUGUUCACUUCCAAACCCACCGUGUUCACUAACAAACCCAACGUGUUCACUAACAAACCCACCGUGUUCACUCACUGA